AAAAACGAAAUGUUAAUAGUUGCCCUUCCCAAAUGCACAGCCUCCGACAUGUAAUCCAUAUAAAGCGAUUAUUGAAAAGCAAAAUCUCAGCCGUUUCCUUUCCGUCCAAUCUUAUCUUACCGACGUCUCUACUUCCUCCUCCGUCGUUCGUCCAUACUUUUUCCGGCAUGGCCGCCGCACCGGAGAAUGGUACAGCUGAUAUUCCUACUGAAGACCUGGUGGUUGAUGACAACGUCAAGUUUGGAUUCGAACGGCAGGAGAUGUUCACUGAGAAUCUCUCCGGAUCUGUUCAUCCUUACGAACGUCACGUUUUCCUCUGUUAUAAGACUCACGAAGACUGGCCUGCUCGUGUUGAAUCUUCCGAUUCCGAUCCGCUACCUAAACGUCUUGCUGGAGCCAUCAAGGAUCGUAAGAACGACAUCGCUGGAAAGACUCUGUUGACCAUAUUCGAGGGUCGUGGUGAUACGGAUUUAUCGGAUGGAGAUAUUUUGAUUUUUCCUGAUAUGAUCAAGUACAGGGGUUUGGAAGAAUCGAACAUCAAUAGUUUUGUGGAGGAAGUGCUUGUGAAUUGUGAACCAUGGGCUUCAGGAACACCAGAUGUGGUGACAGGUUCACACGUAUUCGUUUGUGCUCAUAAUAGUCGAGAUAAGAGGUGUGGUGUUUGUGGACCAGCUUUAAUUGAGAAAUUCACUGAGGAGAUUGACCUCAAAGGAUUGAAGGAUCAGGUGUUCGUGAGUCCUUGCUCACAUGUUGGUGGCCACAAAUAUGCAGGGAACUUGAUAAUAUAUAGCACCGGUCAAGAUGGGAAAGUUUCCGGGCAUUGGUAUGGUUAUGUUACCCCAAAUGAUAUUCCUGAAUUGCUUGACCAACAUAUCAACAAGGGCGAGAUCAUUGAAAGGAUUUGGAGGGGUCAAAUGGGCGCUGAGAAAGCUGAAAAGGCAGUGGAACCGGAACCGGCACUGGCACUGGCACUUCCAAACGGAAACGGUCUGAAAGUCAACGAGAAAGAUGAAACCGUCAAAGAAGAAAAGGAAAACAGCGGAGGCUGUUGUCAAGGUGCCACCGGAUUCUCAUGCUGCAGAGACGAAACUUCUGAGGUCAAAAAGAAGUCAACCAGUAAACUCGAUCUCUUCAGUAAAAAAUGGGAGCAACACGAUAUUUUUACAGCCGCCGCUGUUAUCGGAGCUGUGGCAACCGUAGCUGUGGCCUAUAGCCUCUAUAAACGGUCACGGUGAGAUCCACUCUUUUUUUACCGAUAAAGAUUACAAAAGGUAAAACUUGAUUUCUAUAUUCGAAGGUUAGUAAACAUGAAGUAAUAUUUUGAUCACCGUACACACAAAACACACUAUGUUUCCCGCACUUAGUUUUUUUUUCUACGUAUACGAACCGAGUAUUUUUGGUACAUUGCCCUGUUUGUAAGGGUAGAAAACCAGCUUCUAUCUAGCAUUUUGAUGAUGAUUCUAUUUGCUAGUUUCAUUUUCAACACACCCUAAUACCAUAUUACAAGUGAUACGAAUAAAUGGUAUAUUAUCAAAGGGGGUUUAAAAUGC